AUGGUGUACUGUGGCAAGCCUUCUAAGGGCUGUUCCAACUGCCGUGACCGCAAGGUCCGAUGCGAUCAACGGGAGCCGGCAUGCGGCCAGUGCGAGAAACGCCAACAAAAAUGUCCCGGCUACAGAAACCUGGUUGACCUCAUGUUUCGCGACGAGAGCACCCGCGUCAUCAAGAAAGCCAUGGGGAGGACCAGCGCGCGCGGAGCUGUCAAAAAGCCCACGUCUUCGUCAGCAUCUGUUACCGAAGCCGACGCUCUUGUUGCUGUAGGCUCCAAGGCUACGAGGUCGAACAUGGCGUUCCCGGUGACCGCCAAGGUAUCGUCACAGUCAGACCAAUAUCGCUUCCAUGGGAGGGCCAACGCCAAAGCUCUUAUGAAGCCCCCCGUGACUCGCCCUCGUGGUCUGCAGUCGUCUUUCCUUGCCAUGCUCACGCCCACCACCGACAUUGCUCCUCCAUCAUCCGACGAGUCUGAGGAAUCCGAUGUUUCCGAUAUGCGCCUCGGCGCUCCCCUCUCGUAUACCCUCCAGGAGCGCGGUACUGCCUUCUUCUUUUCCCGCUACGUCGCCGUCGACUUCGGUUGCUACCAGAAUUACGACUUUGUCUAUGAUGUCUGGAGGCCCCCCGGUUCCGAAUCGGGCUAUGUCGACUGCGUGACAGCCAGUAUGGCUGCCGUCGGUCUAGCUGGCCUGUCCAAGGUGACACGUUGUGGCCAGACCAUGAUGCGGGCGCGCCAGAGCUACGGGAACGCCCUCAAGCUCACCAAUACCGCCUUGCAAGACCCUGUUCAGGCUGUUAAGGACAGCACUAUGCUGUCUGUCCUCAUCCUCGGCACCUACGAGUUUAUUACGGGUCGCACACCCCAGACAAUGGCUGCCUGGAAGGAUCACGUCAACGGUGCUGCUGCCCUCACUCGUAUGAGGGGCAUCGCCCCGUUCCGCACAAAGGCGGGCAUCAGGAUGUUCCUGAUGCUCUGCCACUCAGUCCUCAUCAGUUGCAUCCAGGGAGGACUACCCAUGUCGCAGUCCAUGCUCGAUCUCCGCGACGAGCUUGGCCAGUUCACCAACACCAACGACCCCACCUGGCGCAUCGUCGAGCCAAUCUGUCGAGCUUUACAGAUCCGUUACGACAUAAAGAAUGGCAUGCUAAGGGACACGGAUGAGAUUGUGGACCAGUUAGCCGAUGUGGAGAAGGAGUUUUCCGCUAUUGUCGACGAGAUGCCGAGGUUCUGGCGCUACCGCUGUGCCCGUGUCAACAUUCCCAACGCUGCCAUCCUGAGCAGUUGGUGCCACAUCUAUCCAGGUUUCGCGCAGGCCACAACAUGGAACGGCAUGCGCACCAUGCGCGUCCUGGUGCAGGAGACCAUCCUGGAGGAGCUGUGCUCGAGCAUGGCCCGCGAUCCCGAUCCACCCAUGCGUCACCGGCUCAUGCUCUCCAAGUCGAUGCGCCUCCUCGAGUUGCUCGGCGACGCCGUCGUGGCCAGCACCCCUCAGCACUUUGGCGUCGUCAGCUCCCGCGACGCCAAGUCCCACGGCGGCGGUAAGCUCGAGUUUGUCGAUGCCACACGGCCACCGGAGCCCAUCGUCUCGGCCUGCCCUAUCACCUCCCCGCGAGGCAGGCAGAAUCAGCAGCAGCAGCAGCAGCAGCAGCAGAACCAGCUUCAGCCGUGGCCCCGACACCCCACGCCAGAAUCGCCGGGCAACUCGCCCCGACCUACACUCCUCGACCCAACGCAGUCAUGUGACGGCCGUGGUGAUCCCAAACGCUUCAUGACUCUGGCCUCGGCGAGCAACACGAUUGUCUGGCCCCUAUACACGCUCGGCAUGUCAUCUUCGUGCACGCGCGAGACGCGCCACUACCUCAUCGACCGCCUCGACGUCAUCCAUAAGGAGACGGGGCUCGACCAGGCCCGUGUCGUUAAGCAGUUGCUGCAGGAUAAGGUUGAGUAUCAGCCGUGGGAUCGUAUUCCCAAUCUCCACCUGCCAGAGGUUCCUGACGAAGCGCUUCCCCUCUGG